GUUGAAUGGGAAACAAAUGGAUUUCACCGGUUUUACGAAUACUGACAGGAGUGAUUCAAAUGGGUUGAAGCAAAAAAUAACGGAUGCGGAAGAAAUUCAGAAGCUCUCGCUUGCAUUGGAAAUGGAGAAAGAGAGGAAUAAGGCGAUGGAAAGUGCUCUGAAGAAUGAAAAUAGUGAUUUGUCGAACAAUUAUCAAAAAUUACUUCAGCAGUAUAAAUUUUUGGAAACGGAAUUAGGUAAAGAACGAAUUGCUGAACAAAACGCUAAAAACCGAACAAG